AUGGAAACAAAAAUAGAAAGACCUAAUGCCCCUUCACAAACUCUAAAAUUGAUUUUUUUCGGGUCAUUGUUAGGAUUAUGUUUAACUGUACAAAUCUUAACAGGCCUAUUCUUAGCUAUACACUACACAGCAGACAUUUCAAUAGUAUUCAAUAGAGUUGCUCAUAUUUGUCGAGACGUAAAUUACGGUUGAUUACUACGAACAAUGCACGCAAACGGAGCAUCCUUCUUUUUUAUUUGCAUUUCCCUUCACGUAGGUCGAGGAAUAUAUUAUGGGUCUUACUUAUAUAUUCACACCUAUAUCGUAGGUCUAUUACUUCUUUUCCUAGUAAUAGGAACAGCAUUUAUAGGAUAUGUUCUGCCAUGGGGACAAAUAUCAUUUGGAGGAGCCACAGUAAUUACAAACUUAUUAUCAGCCAUCCCCUAUUUAGGAACAAUACUUAUUCAAUGAGUAUGAGGUGGGCUCGCUGUUGACAAUGCAACCCUUAGUCGAUUUUUUACUUUUCACUUUAUUCUACCAUUUAUUGUAGCAGCAAUAACAAUAAUCCACCUACUAUUUUUACACCAAACAGGGUCAAAUAAUCCGCUUGGUGUAAAUUCUAAUGUAGAUAAGAUCCCUUUUUCAUUCAAGGAUAUCGUAGGAUUUAUUAUUAUAUUAGCCGCCCUAACUAUUUUAACAUUAACAUUAAUAAAUCCCUAUCUUUUAGGAGGUCCAGACAAUUUUACUCCACCUAAUCCGCUGGUAACACCUGCCCAUAUUCAACCUGAAUGA